GAUGAAACCGACGUAUGGAAGCUGACACAGCCUCGAAAUCUGGCUUUUGAACCUUGGGAGACUCAUCAUGAUAUGUCUGACCGGAUCGUCAAUGCCACUUUCGACAAUGGGCUCUUUUCCGAGAACUGGGUUGACUAUCUCGGAUCGAUUGUUGAACGCUUCCAAGAGGGCGAAUCAAUUCCUGGAGGAAUCAAUGAAGAGAUGGGUCCAAGCUGGACGCUGAUAUCAUGCCCAAGGACCGGGUAUGGCUGUUUCUCAAGCUUGAACGAGAGGCGCCUUGGGGUAGCGGCCAUUGUGGGGAAAUGUAUAUGAGAUGCCAUCAGGCGUUUUGUGCGUCCACAGUUCACAGCAGGUAUCUUGUAGAAGAUGAGGUAGACUUCAUCAUCCGAAGUUCUCUGGGCGGUAUCCGGUUGGACACCCUCAUAGACGUACACUUUCCAAUGGAUACGGCAAUCGGAUCCCUUAUUGUCGUUUCACUCCCUUGCUCUUUCAACCUUGGCUGUCUUCGUACCCGCCUUCAGCACUUAACCACGGCCUGGUAUGAAUCUCAGAUGUGUUGUACAAGCCGAAGCCCUCCCCCAAGAGAAGAGCUUUCCCAAUUAUUCUUCUGGUUUCAGGGUCGUCUAUCCGACAUACUGGCACUGGCCUUUCAAGUCCAGGGAUGUCAUGCUCCAGAUUCGCCCAAACCAAUUGGCCCGUGAAUAUUGCCUUUUGAGUCCAACCGACGACUGUUCUCCGUGGUCCAAGAUGGAUCACAAGAAGGUGGAAGUAUUUAUAUUCAACAGGUGGGCAUAGCCUCGCAUGAAUUGAGCACUGAUAACGCCCGCUGAAAAGAAUGCCACUGAGAAACAUGCCAGAUUGUAUCUAGCACCGUGUUUUAGUAUGUUCUUCAUGCUUCCUCGGGAGUACAGCCGCUUCCGGCGAGCUUGCAGAA